GGUGGUGGUGGGGGUGACGGCGGAGUGCGGGCCAGCUUUUGUUCACUCUGCCAUCCUCGGCUUAGAGCAGCAGCAGCAGCAGAGAGAGGAGCCCAGCACCCUCCAUGUGGAACUGAGUCCGGAGUAUCCUGCCCGUGAGGCUGCUACAUUCACGAGGCUGCAGUGAUCGGCCAUCAUGGAGCAGAGCAAGGUGACCUCGCUGCUGGACGACAAGGUGGGCUUGGCGGACAUGGUGCUGCUGGACCCUCUCACCGAAGACUCCUUCCUCAAGAACCUCAGGGAGCGCUUCAAGCACGACGAGUUCUACACGUACAUCGGGAACGUGGUCCUGUCGGUGAACCCUUACAAGCCGUUGACUAUCUACUCCGCGGAGAAAGUGGAGGAGUAUCGCAACCGGAACAUCUACGAGCUCAGCCCCCAUGUGUUUGCAAUUGCUGAUGAGGCGUACCGUUCACUUCGUGACGCUGACAAGGACCAAUGUAUUCUCAUCACCGGAGAAAGCGGAGCGGGCAAGACCGAGGUCAGCAAGUACGUGAUGUCUUACGUGGCUGCCGUGUGCGGCAAAGGCGAGGAGGUGAACAUGGUGAAGGAGCAACUGCUGCAGUCCAACCCGGUCCUCGAAGCGUUUGGAAAUGCUAAGACCAUCCGUAAUGACAACUCUUCGCGCUUUGGCAAGUACAUGGACAUUGAGUUUAACUUCAAAGGGGACCCAGUUGGAGGCAUCAUCCGCAACUACCUGCUGGAGAAGUCUCGCGUGGUUUACCAGCUUCAGGGGGAGAGGAACUUCCACAUUUUCUACCAGCUGCUGGCCGGUGCUUCCCCAAGCCUUCUAGCAUCCCUGAAGCUUCAGCAGAACCCUUCCGUCUACACCUACCUCAUGCAGGGCAAAACUGCCCACGUGGAAGGCCUCAACGACAGCCAGUCCUUCCACACCGUGCAGAAAGCCAUGCAGGUGAUUGGCUUCUCUGACGAGGAGAUAGCCACAGUAUGGGAGGCAUUGGCCGUUGUGCUCAAGCUUGGGAACAUCGUGUUCGUGGACAUCCCGCGCACCAAUGGGCUGGACGAGUGCACGUUCAAGGAGUCCAAAGAAUUGGACGAGGUGUGUGCUCUGUUGGGACUGGACGACGAGCUCCUUGAAAGGGCGCUCACAAAGCGAACUGUGGAGGCUAACAAGGAGAAAGUGUCGACGACGCUCAACAUGGCACAGGGAAAAUAUGCACGGGAUGCCCUUUGCAAAAACCUCUACAACCGACUGUUCAGCUGGUUAGUGAGUCGGAUCAACGAGAGCAUCAAGGUCAAGUCUAAAAUCAAGAAGAAGGUGAUGGGAGUUCUGGACAUAUAUGGCUUUGAGAUAUUUGAGGUGAACAGCUUUGAGCAGUUCAUCAUAAACUUCUGUAACGAGAAGCUUCAGCAGAUCUUCAUCGAGCUCACCCUCAAGGAGGAGCAGGAAGAGUACAUACGAGAGGGAGUGAAAUGGAUCCAAAUUGAAUACUUAAACAACGCCAUCAUCUGUGACCUGAUUGAGAACUCCAAAACUGGCAUUCUGUCCAUGCUGGAUGACGAGUGCAUGCGUCCGGGCAAUGUGACUGACUCCACCUUCCUGGACAAGCUCAACGACAAGUGUGGCAAGCACAAGCACUUCGAGAGCCACAACAGCCUGAGCAUCAAGCGCUCGAUCGACAACUCCCUGCCUUAUCGGUGCUUCCGUGUGCAGCACUACGCCGGCAUGGUGACGUACAGCGUGGAUGGCUUCGUGGACAAGAACAACGACCUGUUGUUCCGCGACAUCUCGCAGACCAUGUGGCAGAGCCAGCGGAAGCUGGUGCGCGAUCUCUUUCCUGAGGGCAACCCCAGCAAGCAGUCGCUCAAGCGACCGCUCACGGCCAGCAGCCAGCUCAAGACAUCGGUCAACGCCCUCAUGAAAGACUUGCUCAUCAAGAACCCCAACUACAUCAGGUGCCUCAAGCCCAAUGACCGCAAGUCGAGCAGCCUCUUCCAGGACGAGCUGGUGUUGAACCAGGUGCGCUACCUGGGCCUGAUGGAGAACGUGCGUGUCAGGCGAGCGGGAUACGUGUUCCGCCAGCUCUAUGCGCUGUGCCUUCACCGGUACAAGAUGCUCGGCAGCCAAACGUGGCCGCAUUGGAACGGCGAUGCCAAGGAGGGGGUGAAAAGUAUCCUGGUGGACCUGAAACUUCCCCAGGAGGAAUACGCCUUUGGGGUUACCAAGGUCUUCAUCAAGAGCCCCACCACGCUGUUCCAGCUAGAGCGGAAACGCACGGAGCGCAUGCACGAGCUGGCCACCCUCAUCCAGAAGACGUACCGCGGCUACAAGUGCCGCACUCACUUCCUCCUCAUGAAGAAGAGCCAGAUAAUCAUCGCCAGCUAUGUCCGAUCACACCAAGAACGCAAGCGGUACGUGAAGACUCUGGAGUGCAUUGUUCUCCUGCAGCGCAUUGUCCGCGGAUGGAAGGCCCGCAGACUCCUGCGCCACCUCAAGCACCAGAAAAAACUCAACGACGCCGCGACCGUUAUUCGCGCCUACUGGUGUGGUUUCCAGGUUCGACGGCAGGUGAAUCAGAGGAAGGAGCUUGGAAGACGCAAGCAUGCAGUGGCUGUAAUCUGGGCAUACUGGACAGGGCACAAGGUGCGGAAGGCGCAUCGGAAGCACUUCAAAGGAAAUGCCGGCAAGAGGAUUUACGAUUUCUUGAUUCUCUGCAUCAUGAGGCGAUACUUCCUGCGUCUGCAGGACUCGCUGCCCAAGCUGUCUCCCACGGAUCGCAAGUGGCCUGCCUACCCCAACUUGUUCCUGGAGCCUGCACACCAGGAGCUGCGACGCAUUCACCACCUGUGGAGGUGCAAGGUCUACCGCAGCAAGUUUGAUGACAAGAAGAAAGCCAUCUUCGAGGAGAAACUGUCUGCUAGUGAGCUCUUUAAAGACAAGAAGGCUCUCUACCCAACCACGGUGCCGCAGCCCUUCAAGGGCACUUACCUGGAUAUGACCAAGUAUGACAAGCUUGCGACCGCGGUGCCGGGCCCGCACAUCUUUGCCGAGAGCAUUUUGAAGAUCAACCGAGGCAACGGAAAGGGUUCGCCACGUUUGGUGGUGCUCACAAAGAAGAAUCUGUUUCUGACAGACAAGUCGGGGCAGGUGAAGUCAGAAAUUGCUUUGAAAGAGGUCACGGGUCUCUCUCUCAGCAGUCUAACCGAUGGCCUGUUGGCUCUACACUUAAAACAGGGCACCACGGCAGCAGGCAAGGGCGACUUUGUACUGAGCAGUGAGCAUGCAAUAGAGCUCAUCACCAAGAUUCAUCGUGCGGUCAUGGCGAGCAACAAAGAGAAAAUGGAGAUAAAAAUCUCCAACGAGUUUCCAGUGCGUUUUAAGGAAACGCAGGUUAACGUAAGGAUUUCCCCGUCGGGCCAGAGCAACGGGGCCAAGCUGGUGUGCAAGCGGAAGGGCACGGGACUGGAGGUCGCCAUCUAGAAACGCAGCUGCCAUCAUCUCUCCUCACACCCUACUUGUCGCCCCUAAUUUUUUCCCCAUUCCCAUUGCAUCAAAGCUGGCAGAUUAAGUGAAUGCGAACAGAGAGGGCCAUAACGAGAUCUUAUUUUUUUAAGUAAAUGCAUUAAGCAGGGAUAGAUUGUCAAGGUGCCACAUGAAGAAAUGUCUACUGAGAUGGGGUUUUUUUGGAGUUAGUACUGAAGUCCGAAUUACUAUGGUAAAUGGUAAAACAGUAAAGGCCCUGUCUUUUGCACAUACACAGGGGUGCCUUUUAAUGUUUCUGUCACGGUUUACAUAGAAAUGAACGGCAAGGGAGCAUUGAAGUAGAAAUUAAAAUGGUAGUGCCCUCCACAACUGUCCUGUUGAGACAUUUGUAAAUGAUCGAUAAAGAAUGACAUGUAAUCAUAUAAAAUGUCUAUUUUUGAAUCGUUUUUGUAAACGUUGAUAGGCAAAUGUUAUGAAAAGUAGAUGAAUUUACAUAGCUAUUGGAAACUCAAAUAUCUUUUCAGAACAAACUGCUAUUGACAUUAUAAAAGUGAGGGCUGUUUCUAAAAAAUGCCAAAUUUAAGUCAUGUAAAGGUUCAUGUGUUUUUUUUAUUUUAUUUUAUGUAAUUUCGAUUUUAUGUAGAUGGAAAUUAAUUUUCAUUCCCUAUUUUAAGUUUAAAACAUACGUUGAAAAACAUUGAAUAAAAUGUAUGAUGACUAUACUGUAAUUGAAGAUAGUAAUGUACUUGAUAGAAACGUGCUGCCAGUUUCACAUUGUUCACUUGUUACUGAUGAAGAUUUACUCAAUGAUUAGUACCAUAAGUGGUAUUACUGGUACCAUAAUUGGUAUUACUGAUGUAAUAAUAAAAAUUUUGAACUAUUAUGAAUACGUUCAGAAUGUCUCAUUGAAUAAAUACAGUAUGGUUCAUAUUUCUUUUUUUUAACCUGACAAUUGCAAAAUUAAAGCUAUUUUACGAAUACACUACAGCAGUUGGUCAUGUGAUGGUUUUUUUCUCACAGUGAUUGGGCACUUUUAACUUUUAUAAAAUGGUAUCAGCUUAACACCUGAAGAUAGCUACAUAUCUGCUGUGGUGGAUGCCAGCACAUUGAGUUAGCGAUGAUAGUUGGGAUGAAUACGUUUUAGAAAGAGAUUUCUGGUUUGGAAGAACAUUUUUUGUUAAAUCAGUGUAUUUUUUUAGGGUUAUGCAAUACCAAAUAGAAACUGAACAACAAAAAUGAUUGGAUUAAGUUGAUAAUGUACCACCCUAUAAAAUUAGCAGUGGUGUCUUAAGACAUGCAGAGAAUUUCCCUGCUAAUACAAUGAAGCAGCUUUUGUCCCGCUUGCAAUACCUAUUUGAGUCCUUUAUGUAAAUGUAGGAUUGUUAUGAAGGUAGCCAGUCGAUCCAAUUUGUGGGUUUACUCUCAAACGCACCGGUGUGCCGAAGUAGUGACUAAUUGGCACGUUUUGUUUACAUGACAAUCCUUACUAAUUGGCCGUGUCGGGUGGUGGCGGGUUUAAUGACAUUCAUAUUUAUGCGAUAUAACCCAAAAAAAAACUUUAUUAUGGAUAUUAGUUGCAAAAGCCUACGUGUUAAGUUGACCCUUGACUGGCAUUUGAACCCACAGAGUUUAGUGCUGUUGACCAAAGUACAAUGCAGUUAAAACAAUAUUUUGUAUGUUACCUGAGCAUUACAUAUUAAGUAUACCAACAUUCUAAGAACAAUAAUGAAAAGGCCAAAACGCAUAACUUUGUUUCUUUUCUGUUAUUGGUGAUGCGUAUAUAUUCUCUAGAGUGUAAAUAAUUCUACUCUGAGCUCCACCAUGGCAUUGAUCAUUUUGUUUUUCUCAAAAAAGAUAUAAAUGUUCUUGCAUGAUUUGAAAUGUGACAUUUGUUAUACACUAUAUAGACUACAAAUUUAACUAUUGUUCACCAUUUCACCAGUUGUAAUACUAUCACAUUUCCUAUCAAGCUAGACAUUUAAUCACAAUGCAUAGUUUAAAUUUCACUUUGUUCAUUACAUUGCAAAUACCUUUAGUUUACAUUCGCAUUACUUACUAAGAACAAAUGUGUUUUUUUAUUUGAUUUAACAAAAUUAGUAAUUACUAUGGAAGCUAACUAAAUAUGCUCACAACAAUCAAUUGAAUUUUGAUUUAAAGCUUUCGUGACUGCAGGGAUUCAUAUUCUUGGUUCUUUCGGUAAAGUCACCACGUAGAAGGGACUCUACGUGACUUUACCGAAAGAACCAAGAAUACCAAUCAAUUGCUUAGUUUUUCAGAUUUUUAGUUCCAAGAGAUAAUAAAGCAUUUAGCUUAUGGUGAAGCAUUUAGCUGUAUUAUACAGUUGUAACAUUACAGACUGAUAUACAAUUAUGAGCCAUUGUACACAACACGUGAAAAUGUGCCAAACAUUUUUGACAAAACAUCAAAUUUUUCCUACUAUUUGGCUGUGGAGACGAUGUGGUUUUAACAUUCUAUUUUUUUUUUAACUUAACAGAAUAUUCUAUGUUCAAAUAUAUAAUGCAUGCUCGGUGCUUUAAUGGUUUGUCAUUUGUUAUUUUCAUAUGCCCAUUGUAUUUGGAUACCCCUACUGAUGUCAACUGCUAUUCCGGUCAAAUGAACCACAGUUCUAGAAUGGUUUUAUUCAUUUAAAUGUAUAAUUUUUCUCAUUUAAAUAGUUACACUCUUGUCACCGCCCCAUUGUAAUGGUCAAUAGAAAUAACAAAGUAAGGAUCACAACACUAUCUCACAGGCAAAUGCAUUGUGUUCGAUAAAGUAGAAACAAUAUUACAAAUACUACCACAUUAAUUAUGGCGGUCUAUGGCUUAAGAUUGCAGAGCAUGGACAUGGUAGUCGUGCCCGACACUGCCUGGCCAUCUUUACAGCAUCGAAAGUGAUAAAUGUGGCGUCAGAUGCCCGUUAUGGACUGAGUUAUCUAUUGUGAUACCAGUCGAGAUGUAAAUAGUUUCCAGGGCAUAUGAGACAUUGGAGCUGAAUUGCAUUGCACAAUAUUAUCAGUGCAGCAAACACAAAUGGGCAGUCUUUCGCUUCCCAAAAUAAUUCAACAUACCAUAUACCAUUUUGAAUCCAGUGCUGUAUUAAAAUAUGGUAUUAUUAAGACUGUCCCUUCAUAAUACGCCUGCUUAAGAUGUGAUUUGAUCAAUGCCUAGUGGUAUCUGAUUUUAUACACCAUUUGCGCAUAUUAUUUCUCACUUUACAGUGCCCUGCGAUGUGUCCCAUAGUCAUUUCUGCCGAGUAAGCUUGCUGAUUGUUCACUAUGCUGUAAUAAAUGCUGGUGAUGUACUGUGCCUAUUCUGCCAGGUUUUAGCAACACACGCUGGCACAUUGUUUUGACUGCACUGCAGGGACGAAUAGUGAAUGCUGCAGUGACUGCAAUGUGUCUGGUUCUUACUCUGGAGGCCCUGGAAACCUCAUACAAGGAAGGGCAUUGUCCGCAAAUGUUAUUAUGGUGAAGCACAUUGCAUAGAUAUUUCAGUGAACGAAAUUGCUGACAACCCACACUGCAUCGUAUUCUUCGUACAACAAAGUAAUUUGGGGGAUAAAAUGGGUUUUUGUAUUUUGUAAUUAUAAUUAGAAUUUAAUUAAUAGCGUUUAAUAUUGCACUUUUGUGAAAUUGUCUUCUCUUGAGAUUGCUAAUAGUGCAGGCCACCAGCCACCCUGCUGAGCUCUCCAUGCAGCACGAACAAGGCUGGGCCGCGGGGUUGUAGUGCAUCGUGCAUUGAGCGUCAGCAUGGUACUCAAUUCUUAACCAAUUUUAAAGUCAAUGUCCAAAUCUCAAAAAAUAUCAAAAAUAUUUAGGUGUAUAUAUACCUACAUUGGGUCUCAUAUAUAUUUUGUUGUUGUUACUUUGUCCAUGGACCUUAAUAUUGGUUGUAAAUGAGCAUACCUAAAUACUGUAUUCUAUGUUUUAUGUUAGUUAAAAUUGUAACACUUUUAAGGAAAUGUUAUGUAUGAUUAAAGGACAACACAUCAAAGUAAUUUUUUUUCGUAGUUUAACAUGUUUCCGCAUGUCAUGUUGAUCUACUUUGGUGAAAAUGAGAUCCAUGAAUCGUGAUUGUUAAAUUCUUCAAUUAAUAGUUGCGUAAAUGUUGUUUUCUUUAUACAAUGUGUGAAUUGUUGUAAUACUGUGUAAUUUGAAAAUACAGCUAGUAUAUGACAG